GUCAAUCUAUUGUUGUGCUAUUGUUGUUAUCUACAAGAAUUGAAUUAAAUAUUUAUCAUAAUCACCACCAAAUGUUAGGACUAACAAGAAAAAUCUUCCCAAAAUGCAUCACCUCCUCAAAACUGCAGACAAGAGCGACAUCAAACAAAGUCGAAGAGAUAAAAAUCACCCUGAAUGGCAAGGAGUGUUCGGUGCCUCGCUACUACACGGUGCUGCAGGCGGCGCGGUCGCGGGGCGUGCCCGUGCCCGCCUUCUGCUACCACGAGCGGCUCGCGGUGGCCGGCAACUGCCGCAUGUGCCUCGUGCACGUCGAGGGGCUGGCCAAGCCGCAGGUCGCCUGCCAGACGACCGUCUACAAAGACAUGAAGAUCUGGACAAACUCGGAAGUAGCACUCAAAGCACAAGAAUCAGUCCUCGAGUUCCUCCUGGCAGAACACCCACUCGACUGCCCCAUCUGCGACCAGGGCGGCGAGUGCGACCUGCAGGAUCUAUCCAUGAAGUUUGGCAACGAUCGCUCUAGAUUCACUGACAUACAUUUUGUCGGUAAGAGAGCGGUGGAGAACAAGGACCUGGGCCCGCUGGUCGGCACAGAGAUGACGCGGUGCAUCCACUGCACGCGCUGCAUCAGGUUCGCGGGCGCGGUGUGCGGGGUGGAGGCGCUGGGCAGCACGGGCCGCGGCACCGACAUGCUGGUCGGCACGUACGUGGACAAGCCGUUCCUGUCGGAGCUGUCGGGCAACGUGGUGGAUCUGUGCCCCGUGGGCGCGCUCACGGCGCUGCCCUACCGGUUCAAGGCGCGGCCCUGGGAGCUCGUCCGCACCGAUUCCAUUGACGUGACCGACGCCACCGGCACCAACAUCUCCAUCAACCACCGCUUCAACCGCGUCCUGCGCGUGCUGCCGCGGGAGAACGACGAGAUCAACCAGGAGUGGAUCUCCGAUAAAGGUCGAUGGGCCAUAGAUUCGUUGGAGAUGCAACGAUUAGUGGCACCUAUGUGUAGGAUUGAGAAUUGCUUGGAAACGCUUGAUUGGAACUCAGCGCUGAAACUAACAGCGAAAAUUUUAAAAUACAGUGACCCGAAAAGAAUUAUGGCUGUCGCUGGUCCUCACUGUAAUGUUGAAACGCUGGUAGCCUGCAAGGACCUGGUCAACACCCUCGGCUCGGAGCUCACGUUCAUCGAACGUGGCAUGAUCUACACGACGACUAAGGCAGACCUCCGCGCCGCUUAUAGCCUCAAUAUGAAUAUGAAAGAUAUUAUAAAAGCUGACAAAAUACUCUUAAUAGGCACGAACCCACGUUUCGAAGCUCCUAUUUUGAACGCGUGGAUACGCAAGGCGUUCUUAGAAAAUGAGACUGACAUUUAUUACGUAGGACCCAAAUGUGAAUACAACUAUGAUGCGCAGCAUCAAGGUACAUCUUAUAACUGCAUCACAAACAUUGCCAAAGAGCUCUCAAAGGCAAACACCCCAUUAGUGUUUAUUGGCAUCAGUCAUUUAGAGAAGGAAUACAGUAAAAAAAUAUACACAGAGCUAUUUGAAAUAUUUGCCAAUUUUACAAAUAAGGAUUGGAAUGUUAUACAUGUGAUCCCACGGGAGGCGAGUUGGGCCGGGGCGCUGGAGGCGGGCUGGCAGCCCGGUGGCUGCCACGAAUUCUCACACUGCAAUCCACAAGUUGUCAUAAGCUUAGGUGCGGAUGACUUCCUUUACAAGUGGAAGCCACCGAAUAACUGCAAGAUAAUUUACAUUGGGUUCCAGGGUGACCGUUGCUCUGAAUUAGCUGAGGUAGUGUUGCCGGGGAGUGCGUAUACGGAGACAGAAGGGGUGUACCUCAACAUGGAGUGUCGGUCGCAGCAGGCGUGGCCGGCAGUGAGCGCGCCGCGGGACGCCAGGCGGUCGUGGAAGAUCCUGCGAGCCCUCUCUGAGUACUGCGGAGCCACCUUGCCAUACUCUGACUCGGCGUCGCUCCACGCUCGCAUGGCAGACAUCAGCCCCAAUUUCGUCAACUACAGCAAAUACCAGGAAAAACUAUUCAAAGAACUAAUUCCAUCAUUUGUUUGCAAAGCGCAAGAAGGCUCGGAUGAGCAUUUCGAUGUUGAGCUGAAAACUUUAGAGGACUACUAUUGCUCGUGUGUGUUCUCUAGUAAUUCGCCGACGAUGGUUCGAGCGCAGAAAGCUGCUAGCCAAUUUCACACUUCAGCUUACGCUAGAAAUUAGUGUACCUUUAUAAUAUACUUAAUUAUUAAUUACAACAUAUACCUACCUCA